CUUUCGGGAUGUCAUAAUGCCACUGUCUUUGCGCACCGGCUCUGUUUUUCACUCUGCAGGUCCAACUUGUUCCUUCCGCGCGGUAGUUUCUUUUUCCGGUCGAUGCUAAAUGCGCGGCAUCGGGUUUGCUCUGAAGCAUCGGAGGGACUGGGACUUGUGAGAUUUAUCUGUCGACCGGCAGGUCUCCACCGUGGAAAACACGCUUUAAUCGGAGUCUCUCUUCAGCCAGAGCGUCUUGAGCGCAGGGAAAACUUCCGAUCCUCGGGAUGGACGUACCUGUCAUCGUUUUACUCAUCCACCUGGCACACACUCACAUCCAAGCUCUGGUGGCCAGCAGAGUGGACGUGGAUGUUAGAUGCCCCCUUGGCCAUUUCCCAUGUGGGAACGUGAGCGAAUGCCUCCCUCAAGCUCUACAGUGUAACGGACACACAGACUGUCCCAACGGAGCCGACGAGAGUCGAUGUGGGGACAACAUCGGCUGGGCGGACUUGUUCGGUCAGACAAUACAGAAUGCCAGUCCUGAGGACCAGGACCUCCCGGAUGAGUGCCACUUGCAGGAGUAUCCGGAGAGUUGCCACUGCAUACGGACAGAUGUUGCGUGCGUGAGCGUCAACCUGCAGGACGUCCCUGUGCUCUCUCCAAACGUCACCUGGCUGUCGCUGAAGAGCAACGAGAUCCGAGUGUUGUCUGAUUUUGUUUUCUUCGAAUACUCGGCCCUGGAGAGACUAUUUUUGCAAAACAACAGCCUUCAGUUCAUAUCCAAACACGCCUUCAGCGGCCUGCACAGUUUAAAGAGGCUGUUCCUCAGCGAGAACUUGAUAUCCUCCCUCAGUCCUGGUGUAUUCAGGGAUCUGAAUCAGUUAGAGUGGCUGAUGUUGGAUCAUAACCCACUGAGCAUCUUGUCCCAGGACAGCUUCAUCGGCCUCCAGUCUCUCAUCUACCUAUCCAUGGUGGACGCGUCGCUGCAGCAGCUGCCUCAUCCAAGCUUCUGUCAACACAUGCCUGGCUUGGACUGGCUGGAUCUUGAAGGAAACCAGAUCCAAACGCUGAACUACUCCAUCUUAAAGACGUGCAGCAAGCUUGAAGUUCUACUACUAAUGGACAACAGGAUCCGAAGAAUCCCUGAAAACACCUUCCAGUCUCUGUGGAAGCUGGCCGAACUGAAUCUAUCCAGCAAUAAGAUCAGGGAGCUACCGAAGAAUACCUUUAAAAGCCUCGCUAAGUCCCUCCUCAAACUGAAUAUCUCCCACAACCCCCUUCUCCGCAUUCACCCGAGCCACUUCAACCACCUGACACAUCUUCAGUCCCUGGCGCUGGAGGGGAUCGAUAUCCCAGACAUUCAGACUAAGAUGUUUCUUCCUAUGAAGAACCUCUCCCACAUCUAUUUUAAGACGUUCCAGUACUGUUCCUAUGCACCUCACGUGAGGUCCUGUAAGCCCAACACCGACGGCAUCUCAUCCUUCGAGGACCUCUUAGCCAACGCGGUGCUGCGGGUGUCCGUCUGGGUCAUGGCCUUCAUCACCUGCUUCGGCAACCUCUUAGUCAUCGGCAUGAGGUCGCUGAUACGCGCCGAGAACACACUGCACGCCGCCUGCAUCAAAGUCCUCUGCUGUGCAGACUGCCUCAUGGGUGUGUACUUGUUCUUCGUUGGCGUGUUUGAUGUGAAGUUCCGCGGGCAGUACAAUCGCAACGCCCUGCUGUGGAUGGAGAGUGUGGCGUGUCGCACCAUUGGAUUCCUUGCCAUGCUCUCCUCAGAGGUGUCUGUUCUCCUCCUGACCUACCUGACCCUGGAGAAGUUCCUGGUCAUCGUGUUCCCGUUCAGCAAUCUGCGCCCGAGCAAAUUUCAAACAGGAGUGGUCCUGUCGUCAAUCUGGCUGCUGGGCUUCAUUAUUGCCGCCGUUCCCCUAAUGAAUGAGGACGUCUUCGGGAACUACUAUGGACGUAACGGCGUCUGCUUCCCCCUGCACUCUGACAGGCAAGAAAAACCUACUGCCAAAGGAUAUUCCACAGGGAUUUUUCUGGGUCUGAACCUGGUGGCCUUCCUGGUGAUCGUCGUCUCCUACUCCAGCAUGUUCUACUCCAUUUAUAAAACCGGCCUCAACGCCACCGACCUGAGGAGCAGGCUGCACAAAGACGUGGCCGUGGCCAACAGGUUUUUCUUCAUAGUGUUCUCUGACGCCCUCUGCUGGAUUCCCAUAUUUUUAGUGAAAAUCCUCUCCCUGAUGGAAGUGGAGAUACCUGGCACGAUCUCCAGCUGGGUGGUCAUCUUCAUCCUUCCCAUCAACAGUGCCUUGAACCCCAUCCUGUACACGCUGACCACGAGCUUCUUCAGAGAGCAGGUGGAGGUUUUACUCUGCCGCUGGCAGAGAAGACACACUUUGAAGAAAGACCGCAAAAGCCUCACCUCCUGCACAAUCUUCAUGGAGUCGUCACGGCCCCCUUGUUACCAGCCGCCAGUCUACCUCCAGCGAGUGUCCCUCAUCAGCCCAGACCCCCGCUACGCCUGAGACUGAGACAGCAGUUUUGUAAACUACGUCUUUUUUCCUUUUUUUCUUUUUUUUUGGAAACCAUGGGUCAGGGGCCUACUCCUUGUCGCAUCUGUAGGCUCCUUUACGCGACAGCAGCACGAGCGCAUUUUAGCAAGACAGACUUGUCGAGGGGGUGGUUGCCAGUCACCGAGCCGUGUCGUCACGCUUUACAAAUUUGUAGAUGCUUCUUGUUCUCCCCUCGCAAAUACAAAGAGAAAGCGCCUUGAGUGUCUCCUGAAAGUCACUCCAGCAUUCGGGCGUGGGGACGUAGGGACCAUACCUCCAACCUUACAUAUACAUAUUACAAUAUUACAUAUUACUACUUACAUAUUUGCACAUUUAAUAUAUUGAAAAUAUAAAUAAGGAUCAGUUUGAACAUAGCGUACAAGUUACUCUGAGGAUGAAGACAUGAAACUUACAAUGUCUAAUAAGAAAUAUCAGUAUUGAAUACAUGGACUAAUCAGGCAUAACAUUAUGACCACUAAUAUUGUGUAGGUCUCCCCUGUGCCUCCAAAACAGUUGUGGCUCAUCAGAGAGUGGACGCAGACCUUCUGAGAGUGACUGUGUCUGGCAACAUAAUGUUGUCAGUGGGGGCCUUUGGGUCCUGUGGGUUGAGGGGAGGGGCCUCUGUGGAUCAGCCUAGAGAUACUUGAUUAGUUUGGGAUCUAGUGAAUUUAGAGA